CUCCUCUCUCUCUCUCCUGAAAUAACCGUGUGAGGAGGUGGCGUGUCAGAGGAGAAACAUGGCAGAUACAUUGACACUUUUCACUUCCAUUGGGCUCAGCGAGCAGAAGGCAAAAGAAACGCUGAAAAAUGAAGCACUCAGUUCCGCCCUGAAGGAGGCCAUUAUCCAGGCCCAGCGUGCCUGUGGGCCAGCAGGAGUGGACAAAGCCAUUGGUACAUUAUUGUACAGUAUGGUAUCUCGCCUUAAAGACCUCAAGCGCCUGGCAUUCCUUUCAGACAGUAUAGUUAAGUGCAAAAUCUGCACAGAGCUACAGCUGGCAGCUGCACUGGAAUUUGUGAAGAGUCAUCCUCAGGACCCCAUCAACCAGAGGGAGUUUGAAGAAGCAUGUGGAGUGGGCGUGGUCAUAACACCGGAGCAGAUUGAAGAAGCCGUGGAGUUGGUGAUCAAGAAGCACAAGGAACAGCUGUUGAAGGAGAGGUACCACUUCAACAUGGGACUGCUAAUGGGAGAGGGACGCUCUGCUCUAAAAUGGGCUGAUGGGAAGGUCAUCAAAAAUGAGGUGGACAUGCAGGUCCUGCACCUCUUAGGACCCAAGACAGAAGCCGACCUGGAGAAGAAAGUUAAGCCCCAGAAAGCCAAAGUGGCAAGCAGUGAGGGAAAGACGAAGAAGGAGGAGGUGGCAGUGACGGAUGAGGGGAUGUCUGGGGAAGGAAAGUCACUGAUGGAGCAGCUCAGAGGAGAGUCACUGAAGUUCCAUAAACCAGGAGAGAACUAUAAAACUGAGGGCUAUGUGAUCACACCAAACACAAUGGACCUGCUUAAAAAGCACAUGGAGUUCACUGGUGGACAGAUCCGUACUCGUUUCCCUCCUGAGCCCAACGGGAUCCUUCACAUUGGACACGCCAAAGCCAUCAACUUCAAUUUUGGUUAUGCAAAGGCCAACAACGGAAUUUGUUUCUUAAGGUAUGACGACACAAAUCCAGAGAAGGAGGAGGAAAAAUACUUCACUGCUAUCAAGGACAUGGUGGAGUGGCUUGGCUACGAACCGUACGAUGUCACGCACGCAUCCGACAACUUUCAGCAGCUCUACGACCUCGCUGUGGAUCUCAUCCGCAGGGGUCAUGCGUACAUCUGCCACCAGAAAGGGGAGGAGCUAAAGGGCCAUAACACUCCUCCAUCGCCGUGGAGAGACCGACCCAUUGAGGAGUCGCUGGUGUUGUUUGAGAGGAUGAAGAAGGGGCUGUUUGCCGAGGGAGAGGCCACGCUCAGGAUGAAGAUGGUCAUGGAGGACGGGAAGCUGGACCCCGUGGCGUACAGAAUCAAAUACACGCCGCAUCAUCGGACGGGAGAUGAAUGGUGCAUCUACCCCACGUAUGACUACACCCACUGUCUGUGUGACUCCAUUGAAAACAUCACACACUCACUCUGCACCAAAGAGUUUCAGGCCAGGCGUUCAUCGUAUUUCUGGCUGUGCAACGCUCUGGACUUGUACUGUCCGGUUCAGUGGGAAUACGGGCGCUUGAACCUCACCUACACCGUCGUGUCAAAGAGAAAAAUCAUCAAACUGGUAGAGACUGGCGUCGUCAGGGACUGGGACGAUCCCCGACUCUUCACUCUGACCGCGCUGAGGAGAAGAGGUUUCCCCCCAGAGGCCAUCAACAACUUCUGUGCACGGGUCGGAGUCACCGUUUCCCAGACAACGACGGAGCCCCACCUCCUGGAGUCGUGUGUGAGGGAGGUGCUGAACGAGACGGCGCCCAGAGUCAUGGCCGUGUUAGAGCCGCUCAAAGUCACCGUAACCAACCUCCCUGAGAACUCAAAGUCAGAUGUACGAGUACCGGACUUUCCUGCCAACGAGGCCAGAGGCAGCCACACCGUCCCGUUCACGCGCACUAUCUACAUUGAACAGAGUGACUUCAGAGAGGUGAUGGAGAAAGGCUACAAGCGUUUGACUCCAGAUCAGUCUGUAGGUCUGAGGCAUGCUGGGUAUGUCAUCUCUGUCAAGAACGUCAUCAAGGACUCUCAGGGUAAAGUGGUGGAGCUGGAGGUGACCUGCUGCAGCUCUGAGACCGCAGAGAAACCAAAGGCCUUCAUCCACUGGGUCAGCCAGCCGCUGAAGUGUGAAGUGCGUCUUUAUGAAAGACUGUUCCUUCACAAACAUCCAGAGGAUCAGUCUGUUGUGCCAAAUGGCUUCCUGAGUGACAUCAAUCCCAAUUCCCUGCAUGUGAUCAGCGAUGCCUUAGUGGAUAUCUCAGUGAAGGGAGCGAAGGUUUUAGACAAAUUCCAGUUUGAGAGAGUUGGCUACUUCUCCCUGGACCCUGAAAGCACCGUAGAUAAGCUCAUCUUCAACAGAACAGUCACCCUCAAAGAAGACCCCGGGAAGAUCUGAUCCACUGAUCGAUGUAGCCGCGCUUCCUGCUUCCCAUGAGCCCACAGAUACAUAUCCAAAUUUUUUGCAUCACUCUAAUGUAAUUUUUAACAAGGGCACAGACUGCUCAGGCCAAAUCAAAUCAGAUGCUGUAACAAUUACAUGCUUAUAUUUCAAAAAAAUGCGGUUCGCUUUCAUGGAUCUGUCUCUCUGAAAUUGUUCUAUAUCUGCCGCAGAAGGAUUCACAUGCAGUGUUUCUUCUUUGUUGAAUGUAUGCAACUUUGAUCAUUAAGGACAUUGUGUAUAUUUAUAUAAUAUUUCACAGAGGAGAUGUUUUCAAAUACCAUACAUUACUUUUUUACAAAGAUGAUAGAUCAUGUGCAUUUUUUUAAGACUCAGAGCAGUGCACCUUUUGACAGGAGACAAGAAUAAAUUAUACAAAAAAAAAAAAACUGGCAUGUCUCUGUGCUUAUAGUUUCUGAAGCUGAUAUUAAUAUUCUCCUACCCGUGAUAUUUUAGAUACAAUUUUUUUGGUGUGAGAAUCCCAUGUUUGACUUGGUAUGUGAUGAUAUUUUGGCUAUGAGUAUUGGUUCCUUCUCUCAAUAUUCAAUUUAAGGGUGGAUAAUACUAUUAAUGUGUAUAUAUGUUGACAUAACUGAUGAUUUUACUAAGAAAUGUCUAAUACGUAGUCCAUCACUCAACUGUAACAUAACC